AGAUGGGGCAAGCUUGAAACCAAGAGGCAAAUCUCUCGGUCUUACAUCUGGCACCAACGAAAAUAGAUCAACCGCUACUGCGUGCCUUGAACAAGGAGGCGUAGGAGGGGAUGCGGGGCGAGGGAGGUGACAACAACAGAAUAGUAGCAUCCUACGUUAAUGUGCUUUGUAUCACUAACCAGAACAUAUUUAUGAACUUAGCUACUAUCGAUAAUGAUUAUGAUUGUGUUGCCAACUGAGUCUAAGAGAAGACAAAACGAAUUUGAUAUGAACGAGAUGCUGUGCGACAUCGCUCUUCAUAAACCUUUGAGAAGCUGAAUCUUGAGGAGCUGUCAGUGUGUGCGUGUUGGACUCGGCUCUGUCCUGUACCCCAUGGCCUCUUCACAGGACGAGACGAACCUCCCCAGUCUCUCCUACAGCAAAGUGCUCCUCCUGGGAGCCAUCGCGGCCGCCUCCGCCUUCGUGGUCACGAUCCUCAUAGUGCUGCUGUGUGUGGGCUGCCAGAGGAAAGGGAGGACAAAAAAUGCGCAGACGGACACGGCCAAUCACAGAAUGGCAGACACGAACGCGCUGCGGCAGUCCAAGCUGCGGGCCAUGAGCAAGUCCGACACCGGGCUGCACGAGAUGAGCCGGCGGGCCUGCAACGGCCAUGGUGUCUUGAAGAACAGGCCUGCUAGCAUGGACCUCCUCCUCCUGCCCAGGCAGCGCUCCAGCUCUGACCUGCAGUGUUCGCCAGGCCGGCAGCUGCCCCAGAUCCCACCCACUCCAGGAAAGGAGUGCGAGCACACGUACUCCGAGGUGGGACACCGCAACCCCCCGCCGCGUUGCCCCGACGACGUCCUGUACGAGAUCGUGGGGGGUGGUGGGGCUGAGCCGGACCCACCUGCCGCCCCGCCUCCCGUCUCCACCCAGCCCCAACCCUGCAGCCCCGCCCAGGGCAACCGCAAGGGCAACGGGCUCGGGAAGGUGAGCGACGGGAAGGGAAGCAACGGGGUCCCCGUUACCGUUAUGAUGGCUGCGCCCCAGGAUCCCGUGACCGCCGAGUACGCCUGCAUCCGCAAAGUGAAGAAGGUGGACCGUGCCCAGAGGAGGGAGAACGGGGGGGAGCUGGGGGGGCAAGAGCAGCAGUACUCCUCCAAUGCGGACCUGCUCCCUGCAACACCCCCAUUGCACCCCAACAUCCACGAACCCAGGAAAACCAAGGAGGCCUUCCACAUGCACCCCUUCCCCAAGGAGACAGUGUUCAUGGGAAAUGGAGAGCAGUACAUAUGGAAGCCACCGGAGGACGAUGACAUUACCAUGCUGCAACACAAGCUGCCGAGCCUUCCCAGCAUGCCCCACGGGGAGAGCGGACAGAGCCAUUCGACCGCAGUGGAGAUCUCAGAGAUGUACUCCAAAGUCUGCAAGCCUAUCAAGAAAAAGCGCCCCCCUACGUCUCCGCUGGCCGCUCAGGACACCAGCGUGGGAGAUGAGGAGGGUGUGGCGGGGUGUGACAGGCUGCAGCCCCAGCUGUGGGCAGGGAUGGGAGGAGGACCCCCCAUGGAGGAUCCCUGCUACGCGUCCAUUGGGGACAAAACCUUCCCAAGGGGGUCAGAAGAGUCCGACCCGGCAUAUGAAACUAUCGACGCCAACUGGAAACGUGAUGGGCCUCCAAAUGCAACACUGAAACCCAAGAAGAGACAGCAACAGCAGCAGCAGCAGCAGCAGGAGCAGCAGCAGCACUUACCCAUAAAGGCUCUCCCCAGUGAGAACUUCUACGAGAGCAUCAGCGAUGUGAAAAAUGGGGUGGCCAGCUCUAGCACCACCACCAUCUUCACCUUCAACGACGGCAUGGAGAUGUACGUCACUGGGCUGUAGUGACCUGCCAGCUUCUGCUGAAAACAGGCUGGACAGAUGCCUAAAACUCCCAGCAUUCAUCUGUUCGGUUCCAUUUGUGAAAAUGUUUAUUUUUUAUAAUACGUUAAGGUGUCCCCUUAAAAAAGUUUAGUAUACUGGAUAGGCAUUCUUCUCCAGAGUCAGUGAUUCUAGCAAGCCUUCAAUGCUAGAUGAGCAGUCCACUGCACAAGUUAGUCCUGUGCAAUGAAUCCAAACCGGUUUUGAGUCCCCCAAAGUAAUUCUUAAUACAGGGUAUUAAAUUAUAGACAGUGGUACAUGGAGGACUGCAAAAUUAAUUAUCAAAGUAGUAUGAAUGCAGAUUUCAUGCUUCGGCAAUGUACAGUUAUAUACAGUUCCAUUGUUUAUGAUAAUAUUAUUUGAACAGAUGUCUCCUCUAUCAAAAUCAAACAGGUUUUCUUUGCAUCUGCAAUGAGUACUGUAAAAAAAAUAUCUUUGAUUUUACCAUACUGUACUUCUUGAUGACUGAGCAUAGACCUGGUCUGGUGUAGUGGCCUGGAACAAAUGUACUCGACUGUUGAAACCCAGUUCUGCAAACACACCCUCGCUCUUCGCUCUACAAAAACCUAACCCAAAACAGUGAAAAGUUCUGAAGGAAAAAAAAACAUUCCUUUCACCACACACGUCUUGCAUGGCAACCUGUCUCCACCCACUCCUGGCUCUUUAGCACAGGGGCAAAAUGAUCAGCACAACACACACAUAACAUCACCUUAAGGCGAUUUUCCACUGAAGAGGGGGCUAUGGCUCCUGCCAUCUGGAAUCAGGAUAUACACUCUGCCUUUUGCUGUUAAAAAAGGUGAAUAUUUUAAAAAGGCCAUUCCUUAAUGGAGACAGUUAAUAUGUCAUUGCUUUUGGGUGUAAUUAACAUUUAGUUUUAUUGCUCUUGCACCAGGGUAUGGGUACGCUUCAGGGCUGAGGCUGCAUUGUGAGAAGUGUAGUAAAGGCUGUUUGUCUUGCAGAGCCUUUCUUGUAUGGUUAUCUCGAUGCCAGGACUCCAUUCCAGCCUUCUGAGCCACAGUCUCCGAGUUUGAGUAUUGAUGGAGGAAGUGAUCCAAGGAAAACAGAGUAAUGAGCACAAAAUUGCUAGUGAGAAUGAGUAGAGGCUCUUUUUCUGGUGGCUCUCAGCGCUCAGUCUAUUGUAAACAGUCGCUUUCCCAUGUAGCGCAAGAACCACGGUAUAGAACUCAGAAGAUGUUAGUAUUAGAAGAAUAACUAUGUCUGAUCAAGAUGAUAAAAUGAAGCUCAGGGAAAGUAAUAAAAUAUACUAAAAUGCUGAAUAAUUAAUGCGACUCAGUUAUAGUAUGCCUCCUUAAAAUGUUUUUUUGUGAGAAAGUCAGAUAUAUGUGUUAAAAUUGACCCUGUGUCACUUUAUUUAUGGUUACAAAUGCACUCUAUUUUAAUGUAAGCACUGUCUUUUUUAACAGAACAAGAAAAUAUGAAAAAGUCCAAAUCACUGCCAUGCAUAGAUAUUUUACUUUGUUGUUGCAAUUACCCUGCUUGAGUAUUCAUGGAUAUAAAAAAUGUAUUGGUAUUUGAGACCUUUUUAUUUAUUGUAGUUGGGUUUUUUAAAAUAAAAAUAACUCAUUUGUUUUUUAUACAUAAUAAUGUCAUUUCAUCUCAGGAUAAGCCUGCUCAACAACAGGGAAUAGAAUAGUUCUGACAGGACUCAGAUAUACCAGGAUAUAUGGCACAAAACCGGUAAAAGCCAUCCCAUCACAUGAUGUGAUCUUAGACUGCAGCACUAGGCUGAAGGCAGGAGGAGAAGGAAAAAGAGAGAAACCCCCUCCCCAGCUGCGAUUAAACUGUAUAGUUGAGACAUGCUGCUUGGGGAGGCAGUUACAGUCCUCAUGGCCUCUCCUGCUCCUCCCCAACCCAAGACUCAUCUGGUGAAACACAGGGAUGCUUUGUACAGCAGCUGCUGAUAGAGUCUUUGAUGUAGCCAUUUUGGGGAAACUGAAGGUUUGGCCUGCAACCCCCAACAUCAGCCACAGCAGCACUGGCCACUGGCUAACACAGGCUGGAUGUUAGCUGUUCUGAACCUGAGAAGCACUGAAGCACUCUAUCGUUCAUAUACUGUCUCCACAUGACACUUCUUAAGACAAACAAUAUCUUUGGAAAAGGGGCAAAGCAAACCGCACCAGGAGGUAUCCUGGGCUCAAGACAAGAUGUGCUUAUUAUUCCUCAUCAGAUGAUUUAUCUAGAAUGGAGAUAUAUGUCAAAAACAAACCAAAUAUAUACUAGCUGCAUCUUUGUGUUUAUCAAACUUUUCUGAUAUAUUGUGAAGUUUGUUUUUUUAAAUGUCCUUACUGUUAUGAGAACCAAUGGAGAUCUAUAAUUUAUUCAAUUCAUUGUGUUCAGAAUGACAAUUUUCUAAUGGAUAUCAUGAGUUAUUGUAUUACUGUGUAUCAGAGCACUUACCUUGCAGCUGUUUGUUUCUGUAUUUAGAACUGUUUCUUUAAGUGCAACUGUAUAAAGUUAGUAUGGCAGCUCCUGCAUAUUAUAUAAUUGCUGUAAAGUAUAUCACAGUUGACUGUAAACUAAAAUAUAUCAGUUUUUAACUGUGCUAAUCUGCAAUAGAUUGCAAUGCUUUUUAUAAGAAUUAUUAUUCCGAAAUUUUUAAAGUCAUUUUUUACUUUUAUAAUAAAGUAGCACCUCAGAAAAAAA